GCGAGCUUUGGAUUUCGAUUUUGGAUGGUUUUGAAAUCCGGAGAUUUUCUCUCUCUCUCUCUCUCUCUCUCUCUCUCUCUCUCUUUUUUCUUCCUGAAGGUGACAAUUGACAGGAAUUCUGAAUUGGGUUGUCUUAGUUGCUUGAUUUUGGGGAGGGAGGGGGUGUCAGCUAUGGGAUUUUCACUGGUGUGUUCAAAGGGGCCACCAAGGAAACGGAAAGUGGGGUUGAGAGUUAAACAAGCUGUGCGGGGAUCCUAUAGAGUUAUGGGGACUACUGCUUUGAGGCAGUUACUCUUCAGUCUGUGCAGCAAUUCACCUUGGAAAUAUGCGGUACUUUGGAAGCUUAGGCAUCAGUGCCCGUUGAUUUUGACAUGGGAAGAUGGGUAUUGUGUUUAUCCUGGACCAAGAGAACCCACAGAAAGCAUGUCAUAUGGCAUCUAUUCUAGUCAUACUGGUGAUAUAAUCUCUUCAUAUUGUGAAUCGAGCAUCCAUGACAGUGGUCUUGGAGGAUAUCCCAUUGGAUUACCUGUGGCUAAUAUGUCACAUCUCCACUAUGCAUGGGGUGAAGGGGUUAUGGGCAAAGUAGCACAUACAGCAAAGCAUUGCUGGUUUUCUUUUGAAGAUAGUUUAAUGGGCAAAGCUUAUCCUGGGUUAUUUGCUGAGUGUCCUGAUGAAUGGCUGCUUCAGUUCAUGUCAGGAAUUAAGACAAUUGUGCUUAUACCUGUGCUUCCACAUGUAGUUCUGCAGCUUGGUUCCUUGGAGAUGGUUCCUGAAGAUCUAGCAGUCAUUUCUAAUGUCAAAGAAAGAUUUACCCGUAACACUGUGGGAGGAAAUUCCAUUUCUUUAUCCUUCAACAGGAAUGCUCAGGCCCAAUUACCAACGUCAUUAAUGUGUAGCCUUGUGGAAAAGUUGGAUGAAUCAUCAACUAUAUCCAUUGAUCCACUUAUAUCUGAGGUUUCCAGGACUGUUGACAGCAUCAAACUGGAAAUUGUUUCACCGCUAACUUCAGAUUGGGUUGUGCCUAUGCCAGAUUUUCAGAAUCUACCUCUGAUGACUGAAAAAAAUCAGCAUCAGGCUGAGAUUCUUAAAAGUGCUAGGGAAGCUAAGUUGGGCACCUCACCUGUUAGCCCUACUGAAGUAUCCUCACCACUGAGCAAACUGUUUGGUCUGUCAAGUCUGGAAGAAGAUUUAUUGACAUAUCUUGCAUGUAACAAUUACAGUCUUGACGAGUGUGGAGAGAUUCUCACUGGAAUUAUGAACCCUAACCACUCUAAAGAUUUUGUGGAAGAACCUUUUGGGGUAAAAAAUAUUAACGAUUCGAAUCAUGAAGCUUUGAGCAGCUUCUUCAGCUUUCCCAAACACUCUGAGUUACACAAAGCAUUUGGUCCAGCUUUUCAAGGACAGAGCAAUGACUAUUUAUUUGACUCAUCUAUACCGCGUGAAGAUGUACACAUGAAUGCAAUACAAAAAGAACUUCUUGGUGGAUUUGAACCCUCAUCAUCCAUUAAAGGAGGUGAUGGAGAAUACCUGCUACAAGCCAUGAUUGCUAACAUACAUGGUGGUUCAGAUGACAAUUCUUCUUAUGAAUCCAGUGGAGUCAAGUCAACCAUAACAUCAACAGGGCAUAAAGCCAUAACUCCUCGAUCUCCAAGUUCAAGGGCCGAUACACUUCUCCCUGAUCAAGUUUUUUCUACAUUUGCUUCUGAGGCCAAAAAUGAUUUUAAUGCUGCAACUUCACCUUCUUUGAAUAGCACGGUGAGCACAUUAAUUGACGGAGAGCAGCUUGGAAAAGGAUACCAUCAUAUGCAACCCAGAAAAGACACAAAACCACCUAACGUCAGCAAAAGAAGGGCCAGACCUGGAGAUAGCCAGAGGCCAAGACCCAGGGACAGACAGCUGAUCCAGGAUCGGGUUAAGGAACUACGCAAACUUGUGCCAAAUGGUGCAAAGUGUAGCAUUGAUGGUCUCUUGGAUCAAACCAUAAAACAUAUGCUGCACUUACAAAGCAUGACUAACCAGGCUGAGAAAUGGAGACAAUGGGUCCAUUGGGAGGUGGCUGGGCGCAAGAAAUUGAGAUCAUUUGAGACGAAGGAUGUUUACCAGAAAGGAAAAAGUUGGGCUUUGGAGAUUGGAGGUGAACCGCAAGUAUGCCCCAUUGUCGUGGAAGAUCUUCCAUACCCAGGCCACUUGCUCAUUGAAAUGCUAUGCAAUGAGCAAGGAAUGUUCUUGGAAAUUGCCCAGGUGAUUCGAAGUUUCAAUUUGACAAUCCUGAAAGGUGUGAUGGAAAGCUACGAGAACAAUACAUGGGCUCAUUUUAUUGUUGAGGCAUCCAGGGGUUUCCACAGAUUGGAUAUUUUCUGGCCUCUGAUGCAGCUUUUGCUGCAUCGAAGAAUUCCAAUUUCGAGCAGGAUUUGAUGUCCUGUGAGACGAGAUGGAUUAUCCU